AUGGCUAUGACAAACUUGGAUGAAUUACUGCUGAGUCAAUGGGACCGUGUCGUGUUUUUUGAGCCAGGUGUUAUGCGCACAAGAAUCGAUGACACAAUACGUCGUCGUGUCCCUGGAACCUUGGGACUUGUUGUUCAAUUCAAUCCGAGUCAUCUCAAGAGUAAACGGCCAGUGGACCCACUGCUAGCAAAACCAUCGACUGACGAAACUUCUACCAAACCGAAAGCAAUGGGGUUCAAUUUCACCCUGGCCAAGAAAGAGGAGUUCCUAUGUGGCUUGCGUUUCGGGAUGGGCGACGAGCACCAUCUUUCUCUUGUGCAGGCCAUUGAUAUGAGAGAUGCUCGUAAGGAAGAACCGGAGCACUUUGUUCUGGUUAAUGUGGCUCCCUUGGUCCGGGGCCACAUGUUGUUUGUACUCGAGCUAAACCGUGUGAAACCGCAGACAAUGACAAAGAAAUUCAUGCAAUACGCUCUUAGCAUCUCCCAAGCAAUCCAGCGUGAAUGUUUUGCUUUGGGGUUCAACAGUGCGGGGGCUUGGUCAUCUGUAAAUCACUUCCACCUACAAGGCUACUUCUUUCCUCAUAUUGAAAGUCGGGUGAGUGCAAACUUUCCGGUGGCAACUCAAGUAAGAGACGAAAUGUUUCGUGUCGGUGGAGUAGUUGUAAAGCAUAUGCUUGAUUGGAAAACGACUUGCUACGUCGUUGAGCCUGAGGACUCAGCUAGCGGUGGGGCACACGUCGUGGAGAUUGCGUGGACACUUCUCGAGCUCUUGCAGUCCCAAAGUAUCCCGCACAACAUUCUUAUUGUAGGCAUGACAGUGUUCAUCUUCCCACGUCACGCACAAUGUGAGAAUGGUGUUGGCUUGUUUCCCGACAGUGCGUCCGAGUCGGACACGUCAGCAACUUUUGCUGGACGUCUGCGAAUUGCCGUAGCUGAACUCGCGGGACUUGUCAUCGCUGGAGACAGCGUAGUGUAUGACAAUCUCACUGAAGACAUGUUCAACACAAUCCUGCAAAAGGAAGUGUCUCUCAACGCGAGCGAGGAAGCUGCACUCAUGGCAACGUGGAAAGAAAAGCUUAAUAUAAGCAUGAAGUAG